AUGGUCUCCACCCGCCAAUGGACCGAUAACUGUGCUGGAUGGGUUCCCCCCAUUUCUCAGAUCUAUGUCUCCGUCUUGUUCUAUAUUCAAGUCAUUCGCGCUAUGGAUGCCGCUGGUUCUUUGUCUCCUGGAUCCGCCCUUUCGGUCCUUCUCAAAGAUUUUGUUGUCAUGUUUCCUCUUGACUCGCUAUGGAUUCCUGGCCCUCUUGUUGCUGCUUUCAAAAGCAUUUCUGCUUUCUACCCCUUAACUACUGGCCAAUUUGGCAAUGUUACUCCUUCACUCCCUAGGACCCCUGGAUGGUCAAGGAACAGGGGCUACGCUCCUGCUGACACUUUUGCUCCUUUCCUUCCAAAUAUCAAAGAAAUAAUCUCUCUCAGCUCCCCUGGUGCCAAAUUCAACUAUGGUGGAAACCUCCGCCUUUGGGAAAAUGCUGCACAAUUUGUACCACAUCUUGAUCUCCCCGCCGUUCUUGACUCAAACAAAACCGAUGUUCAAGAUUCUUGGGCUCGAUACCUUUUUCUUGAGGAAGAUUCUGGUUGGUUUAGACGUGUCUCUGACAUUAUGGCUAGAUACUGCCAAUUCUUUAGAGGUUCCACUCCUCUAGGUGACUGUUCCCCUGCUGGCUCUGCCGCUGGAGGCGUUGUCUGCACUCAAGUGCAGGGUAACAUCUACCAAGCCCCCGAUUGGAACGAAAAAGCCGGAAAUCACAGCUCUUUCAACUCCACCGAUCCCCAUAGAAUCGGCUUUUACUCUACCACAUCUAAUGCCACUCUUACUUUUCAUACCAGUUGUUCAAUCCCUGAGCUCCCUGUUGCUUACACUGCCGCUGCCCAGACUUUUCAGAUCAACAUGGUCCCAUCAAUGAUGCUACCUGCCCAAGUUCAUGAAGGUCAGUUUUGGCAAAUCUUUCCAGAUGCUGAACAAACCAGAAACGUUUCGGUGUAUCAAGCCAUCCCUACUAUCAACCGCGUCUACCACAGCGACACUCGCGUUGAAGCUGAUCACCGGUAG